GUGUUGUGCGUGCUGUCAAAAAGUUCAAUGGUGUAGCGUGAUAAUAACGAUGUCCUUAGCUUUUAAGUCUUCUUUCCAUAUAUUAUGAUCUGUUAUAUAUUUAAUUAAUUGUAUUGUAUUUUUAACUGUAUUUCGACAAUAGUAAUUUAUUUAAUGAAAAUGAACUACGAAGCAGAUUUAGCUUGCAAUGAAGCUCGAAGAAAUUCUUUCAAAAAAAACAGAGAACGUCGAAAGUUAGAUAUUCAAAAUUCUGCCGAUUCGAAGGGUAUUGUAGAAAAUGAAAUUUCUUCAUUUAGUCCAAUAAGUGCAGAUGACGAUUUAUGGGAAAGAACACAGAUGCUACGGCAAGAGCAAGAGGAAAGUCGUCGCACUAGGUGGAUUUGUAAGCCUUCAUGCCUCCCGAUCUCAAUAAUUUUAAUUUUAAUAGUCCUUGUUGUUUUACUACCACUACUUGACCAUUCUCCAGAUAAACUUCAUGUUGUUAAUCGAAAAAUAGUGAAAGGACCUAAGUCAUGUGAAGAUAACUGCCAAAUUCAUUUAACUGAAACUAUACCUGAGGGCUUAAUUUAUCCAGUUAACAGUAUCAUGCCUCCUUCGACCUAUGAAAGUUGGAUGAAUUUGAUCAAUGCAGCAAGUGAAACAAUUGAUAUAGCAUCAUUUUAUUGGACACUUCGUUUAAAUGAGGUACAUCAACAUGCUUCUUCCCAAAAGGGGGAAGAUAUAUUUCAAGCAUUAAAAGCUGCAGGGUCAGAGCGAAAUAUAACUUUACGUAUUGCUCAAAAUAUUCCAAAUGAUAACACUGGACCAAAUUCUGAUACUGAAACAUUGGCAUUAGAGAAUGCAGCUACUGUGAAGAGCUUAAAUUUUACAAAUAUGGUUGGAGGUGGAGUUUUACAUACAAAAUUAUGGAUUAUUGAUAAAAAACACAUCUAUUUAGGAAGUGCUAAUAUGGAUUGGCGAUCAUUAACACAAGUCAAAGAAAUGGGUAUAGUGGCUUAUGAUUGUCCAUGUUUAGCAAAUGAUAUAGCAAAGAUUUUUGAUGUUUAUUGGCUUGCUGCCGAAGCUAACUCCACUAUACCAAAAAUUUGGCCAGAAAAUCUUGCUACCGAGUUUAAUAUUGCCAAUCCUAUGCAUACCGUAGUCAAUAAUAUUUCUUAUGGAACAUAUAUUUCUAGUUCUCCACCUCCUAUGAGUACUAUGGGUCGUACAGAUGAUAUUGAUUCAAUAUUAAAUGUUAUUGCAAAUGCAAAGGAGUUUAUUUAUAUAGCAGUAAUGGAUUAUUUUCCUUUAACAAUUUACACACCCACACAAAAAUUUUGGCCCAUUAUUGAUAACGCUUUGCGGAAAGCCGCUAUUGAAAAUAAUGUGAGAGUUUUUAUGUUGAUUAGCUGGUGGAAACAUUCUCGUCCCACAGAAGAUAAUUUUUUAAGAUCCCUUGUUAAUCUUUCGGGUGUUGGUCAAGGAAACAAAACAGUUGAUAUUCAAGUGAAACGAUUUGUUGUGCCUGCUUCUCCUGAACAAAAUGAGAUACCUUUCGCUCGUGUAAACCAUAAUAAAUACAUGGUUACUGACAAUACAGCUUAUAUUGGUACUUCAAACUGGAGUGGUGAUUAUUUCAUCAAUACAGCUGGUAUUGGUUUUAUACUAGAAGAUAUUGAGAAUAAAAUUAAUGAAACAGAAAACAUUAAAGUAGCUGAGUCACUGCGAAAACAAUUGCUAGAAGUGUUUGAAAGAGAUUGGUAUUCAGUAUAUGCCAAAAAUUUAUUUAGACAAAUUUAAUGACUGUGUUUUAUUGCUUGUACUUGUACUUAACUUCUUCAGGGCAAUAGAUAUUAUUGACGAUCUUAAUUAAAUAUUAAUGCAAAUUUUAUAUGUGGACUGUACAAAUUGCUGCCUCUUUAGAAUAUUAUAUAGAAGUAUUUUCAUACACAUUUUUUCUUUCAUAUUUUUUAAAAAAAAUUAAAUAUAAAUUUUUUUGUUAAUAAAAACAAAAUGCACAAGU